AGAUUUCUUUAAAGCUAUUGUUAAUUAUUUUCCUGGCAAAUUAAUCAAUUUAAUCAACUGAAUUAAGUUAAUUAACAAUAAGUUAAAAAUUCGACAUGGACCCGAUACUAUUUGAUCCUAAUAUCGAAUAUUAUCUGAUAGGAUCAGAUACCUCAUGUGGACAUUUAGGGCUUACCGAUGUUGACUUUCAAUCUUUAUGAUGAUUAGUUUUAAUUGUAAUUAAUUUAGUGGAUUAAGUUUUGUUUUAAUUACUUUUUGUUUGACAAUUUAACUUAUCCAGUAUGUGGUCAACUCUUUUAUCUAAAUUGUCAUCGGCAUCAAUCACUGGAAUACCUUGGGAUUAUGUUGAAGAAUUUAAGUUUACCUUAGUUACCGAUUCUCAAGAAGAUGAUUAUCUUAAUUGUUGUAGAAUAAUUUUACAUAAAAUGGAUCAAUCUUCGCUCAUUGUUAAAGACUGUGAAUCUCUUCUGGAUAAUUUAAUUCUCAAGCGAAGACUUAAUUUAUUACCAAUCAUUUGUGGCCAGUUAACUUCAUCAGAUGAAUCAUAUCGACGAGAUAAAUUGUUGGACUUAUUGGUUAAAUUUAUUUUCUCUCGCAAACAUUUUACUCAAACAUUUGAAUUAAUUGUUGAAAAUGGUUUAACAUCCAAUUGUGGUUUAUCUAAAUUAGCUGACGAUGAAAUGAUCAGAUGUCUCAUCAAUUUACCAUCAAUCGUUGCCAACAAGAUGAAAUUAACUAUUCCUCAAUCAAUGAUUCCAAUCAAUUACUUUUCUCAUUUGUGUUCAAUCAUUUCCAAUGUUUUUGGAAAAAUUUACAAACGAAUUCGUUUAAAUUGUGAUUGUAGAAUUGAUUUCUUCUCUUCUCUUAUUGGUAGAAUUUCAUCUUCCGGCUAUUCUGAUAUUGUUUGGGAAAAAGUGACCUCACCAAUUCUAACCAAAUGUUCAAAGGAUUUUAUUUGGCGUCGAAUUGGUCAUAAAUUAAUCAUCUCUCAAAACGAUCGUAACAUUGAGGGAAUCAUUCGUCCAUUGAUUAUGUUUGCCUCCGAUCCGAAUCAAAUUAAAUGGAUUCUACAAAAUUCUCCAUCCUCAUCACAGAAAAUUUCUUACCUACUGACGGAGAAAUUUAUUCUCAACAAUUAUUACGAUAAACAUUCAUUUGUCAUCAAUUUAAUCGGUUAUUUGGCCAACAUAUCAACCGAUCUGUUUAUUAAAACCUUUGACAAUUUACUAUCAGCUUGGAGUAAUGGAGUCGCUCUUAAACACCGACCUUUUGAUCAGCAAUUUUAUCUAUGCUGUGGACUUGCUGUUUCUGCGAAAUACCUUAAAUCAGUUGAUUUAACGAAACAACAACGCGACAAAUUUACUAACUGUAUAAUUUAUGCCAUGCAAAUUUACCUGUCCAGCGUUUUACCUGAGACCAGAUUCACUGGACUUUAUAUAGGUCAAACACUUUUAGCUUUAUUGAAAACCGAUGGACCACAAUUAGAAUUGGAAAUUGAAAAGGUACCUGAAGUUAUUACUCUGAUGGAGAUUUAUGGAAGUGAAAUUUACACAAUUAAACCUGAGGUUAGUGAAGAAGAGGAUAAUCAAUCAUCAGAAUUGGAGAAAAUUGAAUCUUCCAUGGAUAAUUUAACUACAGCUGAUGAAGAAGACGAUGAUGAUGAUGAUGAUUUAGUUCCUUACGAUUUAUCCAAUGACGUUAAAGUGGACCAGACAAAGAAACCGAUUUACAUGGUUGAUUGUAUUUCCGGAUUAAGGGAUAACGAAAAUGCUGAUUGGCAUGAGAUUUGUUUGAAAUCAGUCAUCGAAAUCAUCGAAAAAAAUAAAUCUAUGAUUGAAGAUUAUGCUGAAGAAUUAGCUGUAUCAUUAUUAAAUCUUCAAGACACUUUUGAAUUGCCCGAUUUUGUCCCAAUAAGACGAGAUGCAAUGGUCAAGCUAUUAACCUAUUCACCGAAAACAGUUUCCAAUUACUUGACUGGUCAAUUUUAUGAAAAUAAUUUGGUAAUUGAAAGGCGAUUAUUAAUUCUGGAAACAUUGGCAAUGGCAAGUCAAGAGAUUGUUAAAUCAUCAAGCAACCAAACAGAAAAUAAUCCCAUGAUUACCAAAAUGAUUCCAAAUGAUAUCGUGAUUGCCGAAUCAAAAUGGAAAACGAUUGUUGAAGAUCGAGUCAUGAGAAAUACCAAAAUAAUAUCGAAACCCCGAGAAAAGGCCAAAAAUUACACUAACCAAUUCAUUCCAGUAGCAGGUCACUUUUUCUUCCCGCUGAUGAAGAAUCAUGAUAGUCAAACGAUAACCUUUAAUCUAUCAGGUGAAGAUUAUUAUCUUCUUGGUAGAUUACUUUACACUCUUGGGAUAAUCUUGGAAUCAGCAUCUCAAUCACCAAUCACCAGAAGAAUGGGAAAAUCAUUGAUUGAUUUCCUUUGGGCAUUUAGAUAUCACAUUGAAAGUUUCGUCCGUCAGGCAAUCAUCUUCUGCCUGUGUAUGAUAUUCAUUUCUGUUCCAAAAGCAUAUCUAUUGGAUUACAUGCAAAGUGAUUUAAUUGAAUUCCAGAAAUGGUUAUUAGAUGUAACCGAAAAAGAUUCUGAUAAGGAUUGUAUUGAAAGAGCUUUAAAUGCAUUAUUUUUGAUGAAACAAUUAAUUGAAUCAGAAGAAUUGUAAAUAUUUAUCAAACAAUUAAUAUAAUUGUUGUAAAACAAACAGAAAAACUUUAUCGUUAAACUUAUCAAUGAAAUUAGUAAAUCGUCAAACACAAAAGUCGGUUUAUUUUAUUGAUACAAUUUAUUACAAAAAUGAAAAACAAUUAAAGGUGAAAACUUGAAAUCUCUCUGUUAACAUGAUAAUUGUAAUUUCAAUUGAUUGUGUCUUAUAACAAUAUACACAUUAAUUAAAGUUAUCAAGUUAAUAUAAUA